ACGCGCUCACUCUUUUAUUGGCGGAUUCACCAUGGCGUUCCGGACAGUCGCUUCAAUUUGUGCAACUCUUCCCCAUUCACCAUCGCCUUGCUUAGGUUCUCGCGAGACAUGGAGGCAUUCCCGAAGCCCGUUGGAGGGGCUUCCAUGCUCAUAGCCUUCCGCCCUGCCAAGAGAAUUGUCAUCAUUGUCGGCGGGAACACACUCGCCGCCUCACGCGCAUUCACCGCGUUAGAAGCAGACGCAAAGGUCAUCGUCGUUUCUAAAGGCGGCCUCGAAGGAGUUUGCGAGGAGUUGCGAUGGCGAGCCAGCCAGGAGCAACUUGAUCUCGUCGAUAUCGAUGCACUCCCCUGUUCCAACUCUGGAUCGAACGAUUACUGGCGCGACGGAAAGGCUCUCGAUAGCUUCAUCUACCAGCAGCCGACCCCACCUGCUAUGGUCUGCAUUACCGACACCGUCGCUGGACCCAACGGGUAUCGUCGCAGCUAUGACUCCGCCUCUUCUAUCGCACGCUAUUGCCGUCACCGUCGUAUUCCUGUCACCGUCGCCGACAUCCCGGAACUCUGCGACUUCAGUUUCAUGUCUUCGCACCGUUUCGCGGACCUCGGCACAGGGAGGCCAUCCCCCCUGCAAGUGGGCGUCACCACGAAUGGUCACGGGUGCAGGCUUGCGGGCCGCAUCCGGCGAGAAAUAGUUGCAGGGCUCCCGAAGGAGGUUGGCGGCUCAGUGGAGAAGGUGGGAAGGCUCAGGGCGCAGGCGAAGGCGUCAGACGGAGUUGGAGAAGAGCCGGAGUUGAACGAGGACAGCGCGCCCUUUACGCCGAACGAACCCGUGCCGCAGCGGAAGAUGGAGGAGACCGAGACCGAGAAGGAACGUGCGCGGAGGCGGAUGAAGUGGGUCGCGCAGGUCAGCGAGUAUUGGCCAUUACGACGGCUCGCGCAGAUGACGGACGAGGACAUGCUUGCGGUUUUGGACGGGCGCGAGGGCUUUCGAAGUGCGACGCCUAAUUUUGGCGAUUCCUCUCAGGCGGGAGACCAGAUCACGACACCCUUCCAUGGUCUGAGUCUCUCUCCGCCACCUCGUCGCGGACGUAUACUCUUGGUCGGAUCCGGUCCCGGACAUCCCUCCCUCUUGACCGUCGCCACACACGCCGCUCUUACGAAGCACGCUCAGCUGGUGCUCUCAGAUAAAUUGGUUCCGGAUGCCGUGCUUGCCCUAAUCCCUUCUGGAGUAGAAGUUCGCAUUGCUAGGAAGUUCCCCGGGAACGCAGACGGCGCGCAGCAAGAGCUCAUGGAAGCCGCAGUGGAAGCCGCAAAACGCGGCCUGACAGUCGUUCGGUUGAAGCAAGGCGACCCGACUGUGUACGGCCGCGCGGGCGAGGAAGUUCUCUACUUCCGCUUGCACGGAUUCGAGCCGUUGGUCGUGCCCGGAGUCAGCUCCGUUCUGGCAGGUCCCACCUUUGCUGGCAUCCCUGUUACGCAACGAGGAGCGGCGGAGUCGUUCGUUGUCUGUACAGGUGUUGGACGUGCGGGCAAGGAGGUCAAGUUGCCUGGGUACGACCGUGCCCGGACGCUCGUGAUACUCAUGGGCGUCGCUCGACUACCUCAAGUACUAGAAGCGCUCCAGUCUGUCGACCAGGAGUCCUCAAAACGUCGAGAAGGCCUCGCAUACCCCUCUUUGACGCCUAUCGCGCUCAUUGAGCGUGCGUCCAUGCCUGACCAGCGCGUCAUUGCGUCGACAUUACGCGAUAUCCCUGCGGCAUUGGAGAGCGUUGGCGAGCAACGUCCGCCCGGCAUGCUGGUAGUGGGUUGGUCGAUUUUGUCAUUAUGGGACAAAGGUGAUGUGAGUGUUCUUGAUGAGGGUGCGGACGCACGGGACGGGGAGCGCAUACGGACGUGGUUAGCCGACAAGCCAUGGAGGGUGACGGAGGGUCUCGAGGCCGGCUGGCAGGAUUGGUAGCCGUCUAUGUCGAAAGCUCAGCUGCGCACAAGGACUGUAGCAUCAUUUUGUUGUAUCGUAGUCUUUCAUAUCUCUGUUGUACACUUGUUCAAAUGGCGAAUACGUACUAGUUUAAGG